AUGCUGAAAAACCUAUUCGCUGUCAGUCGUCGAUUCGCUUCUUCUGAUUCUCCUAGGUGAGAUUAGUCGGAAAAUCUCUAAAGAAGCUAAUAAUGUCUGCAGAAAAGUGGUAGUUUGUGCGAACGGAACGGUUGCCGCGUGGCAUCCGCCUCAACAGUUCCCUUACGAACACUCGAAACCCAUCGAUUUAGACGCCAUCAACAAGAAAAACCAGGUUCAUUCCGUUCGAAAUUUCUAGAAAGUAGAAAAAGAUCGUUGCAGAGCUCUCGUCUUUCCGCAGCCGCAAAGGCCGCCGCGGUUCCGCGUGAGCCGGUGAACGCCGAGCUCAAGGAAAUCUUCUACACGAGCAAGCACGAGUGGUAUUCCAGGUAAUUCAAAUAAAUUUUCGACUCUAUCUGAGUAAUCAGGUUCCAUAAUAAUAAUCAGGACCCAAGGUCGACUUACAGGUUCCAUGACAUAGGUUUCACGAAUAAACAGGUACCAAAUAUAAAAAAGGCAGGUUCCAAAGAAUAUACAGGUACACGGCAUUCUUUGAAAAUUGGCGUCGACUGGUGACGGUCACGGGUACAAGGCAUUUUUUAAAAUUAAUUACUCAGAUAGAGCCAAAUCUUCUAACUCUAACUUUAUUUUGUUUUUCAGAACGCGAGAGGAACGUCUUCGUCGGGUCGCCGCACCGAUUCCCCGUCGCAAAUAAUGCGACUUUCCCGUUUUCUCCUCCAAAAAUCCACAGUUAACGUCGUCGAUCUGGGUCUCAUCUCGUACGGCGCUGCUUUGAAAGAACAGCACAAAUUUGUAGAAAUGGUCAAGGCCAAUAAAUCUGAAACGCAUUCUUUGUAAGCCCAUUCUGUCUUUUCUCUUUACCUCGUUGGUCAUUCAUUCUAGAAACUUUCUUUUGGCUCUGGAACACAGACCGGUUUAUACGGUGGGAAUUCGGAGCAAAGGGUACGGCGAGGAGGAAGAGUCACGGCUGAAAGAGCUCGGAGCGGACUUUCAUCGCACUUCUCGCGGCGGUCUCAUCACUUUCCACGGUCCCGGACAGCUAGUUCUUUAUCCGAUUUGCGAUGUCCGCAGGGUCUCGCCACGACAAUUGGGCGUGCGAAACUUCGUGUCGAGACUCGAACAGACGAUAAUCGAUACGGCGACGCAAGGAUUCAGGAUUAAGGACGUCGGGAGAACAGAAAAUACAGGUAUUUAUACAGAAGAAGGAUCUGUGAGAUCUUCGUUCUCAGGUGUGUGGGUGUCCGGAGAGCGGAAGCUGGCGGCCAUCGGAAUCGCCGUCUCUGGCGGAGUCUCUUACCACGGAAUCGCCAUCAACUGCAAUACCGAUCUCUCGUGGUUCGACAAUGUUCGUCAUUCUUCUGCUCCCCUCCUUAUUAGUUUCCUUUUCAGAUUGUCGGCUGCGGAAUCGAAGGCGUCUCCACAACGUCGCUCUCCCGUGAACUCGCCCGCGACGUCACCGUCUCCGAAGCUCGUCCCGUUCUCCUCGAAUCGUUCGCCAAAAACUUUGAAUGCCUUCUCGAUGAAUCUCUUUGUGAUGCCUCCAGAAUUUCUAGUGUUUGUUCCUAG